UAUAUCAAGGAGAAGGAAUUUGUUUUUCGAUCGAGGUAGUUACUGAUUAGGUUGGACUUUGUAACCUUUUUGAAAGUUAACUUUUUGUAAAUUAAUAUUAGGCCGUAAUUUAGAAGAAACGAAAUACAAAUUAUUCAAAAUGUUCGCUCCGUGCAGCAGGCAGUUGUUUUUCUCUACUCAGUUGCGUCGACUUCAAAGCACUUUGGUGGUAGCUGAGCACAAUAACGAGGCAUUAUCACCUAUUACACAGAACGUUCUCAGCGCUGCCAAGAAGAUUGGUGGUGAUAUUUCCGUCUUAGUUGCAGGCACCAAAUGUGGCCCUGCUGCUGAGGCCAUUGCCAAAGCAAAUGGAAUCUCCAAGGUUCUUGUAGCAGAGAGUGAUGCGUUCAAAGGCCUGACAGCCGAGUCUCUGACUCCUCUCAUCUUGGCCACUCAGAAACAGUUCAGUUUCACACACAUUGUGGCCCCAGCCACAGCAUUUGGCAAGGCUUUGCUUCCGAGGGUAGCUGCCAAGUUAGAUGUGUCACCAAUCACUGAUAUUAUUGGUGUGAAGGAUGCUAACACUUUCAUUAGGACCAUUUAUGCAGGCAAUGCCGUUUUAACUCUAGAAGCUAAAGAUCCGAUCAAGGUCAUCACAGUUAGAGGCACUGCCUUCCCACCUGAGCCCCUGGAAGGUGGUUCGGCAGCUGUUGACAAGGCACCAGAGGGUGAUUACAAAACUGACCUCACUGAGUGGGUCUCACAGGAGCUCACCAAAUCAGACCGGCCAGAGCUCACCAGUGCAAAAAAUAUUGUUGCUGGCGGACGUGGACUGAAGUCCGGUGACAACUUUAAGUUGCUGUACGACCUGGCGGACAAGCUGAAUGCUGCAGUGGGAGCGUCCCGCGCGGCCGUUGAUGCAGGCUUCGUGCCUAACGACUUGCAGAUUGGACAGACCGGCAAGAUUGUGGCUCCUGACCUGUACAUUGCCGUGGGUAUCAGCGGUGCCAUCCAGCAUCUUGCUGGCAUGAAAGACUCCAAGACCAUCGUCGCCAUCAACAAGGACCCUGAAGCGCCCAUUUUCCAGGUUUCAGACUAUGGCCUAGUCGCGGACUUGUUCAAGGCGGUCCCAGAGCUUACUUCUAAGUUGUAAAUUUAUUUAUAAGAGUCAACGCUGUCAUAAUAAGUAGAACAUUUUUUUAUUCCACAAGUAUACAAUCCCCUUGAGAUUUUCGAAAACUUUACACGCUGUUGAUGGGUAAUCAAUCAUGUCUGUAUGUAACUGAAAUAUUUGUAUUUAUUAUAAAAGUUGUUUUUAA